AUGGGAAAGCUUGACGACUAUGUGCCGAUGAUUGACGCAAUUUUAAGUGCCUCUAAUCCAGAUGAAGUUAGUGCGAAAAGAAUUCGCAAGGCGAUUCAGGAGCUUUUUGCCGUGGAUCUAGAGCCCCAGAGAAAGAAGGUCAACGCCUUGAUAGUUGAAAGGUUCGAUCAAAUACAAGAAUCGAGAACCCAGAUCUCCCAUCAAGACUUGGUAGAUAAGGAUGUUGCAGUAGCUGACAAGCUCCUCGAAAAGGUUAAUGGGAGCAGCUCAAGAUCGAAAUCCAAUGGGAAAAUAUCCAAGCCCCGUAAAAAGCGGAAGGCUAGUGAGGCAGGAAACGCUUUGAGUCAAAACAAAAUGCUGCUCAGUCCAGAACUGCAAGAGCUGGUAAAAGAGCCCGAAAUGGCACGCACUCAAGUGGUAAAGAAGAUAUGGGAAUACAUUAAAGAGCACAACCUGCAAAAUCCCGCAGAUCGUAGAGAAAUCUUAUGUGACGAAAAGCUAAAACCAGUAUUUGGUGACAAAACUACGAUGUUUGCUCUUAACAAGAGUUUGUCCAGGCACAUUUUCAAUUCCCAAAACAAAGAUCAACAGUCCUUGUCCUCGGCCGAAGACUUAACAGCCGAGAACUCUGCAUCUGGCCGAGGAUCUCCUAAGAAACUACCUUCGGUUGAUGAAAGCACAUCUGAAGCUGCCGACUGA